UCGUUGGCCUCUGCAUGUCCUGAUGUGCAGUGAUUAUAGUUCCUUAUUUUAGUUCGGGUUUACGUUCAAUGUUCCAUUAGGCCUUGGGUAAUGUCGCCAGCACGCAAUGGCUUCCGACUAUCUGAACAACACGCAGAAUCUGGUCCAUCCGGACUGGGAGGUGGUGGAUCCAACGCCGGACAUUCACGUCCUGUUUCCGAUCUUCGACCGGAAGUUCUUCCAGGGUAAGCUUUUGUGCGUCGAGCUGGAGUGGAGCAAAAGGAUGUACAGCUGUGCGGGGAUUUGCUACCAGCGGACCAAUCGUUUUGGGAGAAGUUGUACGAUUCGAUUGAGUGAACCAUUGCUGAAGCUGCGAUCGAGAAAGGAUCUGGUGGAGACGUUGCUGCACGAGAUGAUCCACGCAUACUGCUUCGUGCUGGGAAUACGCGAAGGAAACGGGGGACAUGGGCCGCAUUUUAAGAAGAUCAUGAACGGGAUCAAUCGGAUUGCCGGAACGAAUAUAACGGUCUACCACACCUUCCACGAUGAGGUGAAGCUAUACAAGACGCACUGGUGGAAGUGCAACGGAGUCUGUCAUAAUCGGGCUCCCUUCUACGGGACGGUGAAGCGAACUGCCAAUCGAAAACCGGGGCCUUCGGAUUUCUGGUGGGCCGAGCAUCAGCGAUCCUGCGGAGGAGAGUUCAUCAAGAUUAAGGAACCGGAACCGAAGCGGAAGAAGGCAGGUGGUAACAAAGAAAACGAACCACGGUUGACAGGUUCGCAGGGGAAGAAAGGAAAAAGUCCGAUAAAGGCCCCGGAUGGCAAUCGGAUUUCGGACUAUUUCAAUUCGACUGGGAAUGCAACGGGAACUACUCCUCAGAACACAAACGGUUUCAAGAAACCAUACACAGCAACUGCGCCAAACAUCGGCGGUAGAACAGUGGUCAUUCGCAAACCGCCAUCCACGUCCACCACCAACAAAAAGCCAUCACAGGAACCGGUCACUACUCCAGUAAAGAAACCCGGUCCGAUUGUUGCCCCGGGUAGCAAUUUGAAAAACGUCAAACAGUUCAAGGAUCUCAUCGGAGACGACGGAAGUCCCAGUACAGCAGCGAAAAAUCAGUCACCACCUUUGUUCUCUGGAAGGGGGGAAACUUUGGGAGUACCUGCUAGUGGUCCCAGUCGCGUUGGCCAACCGGGAAACGCUCGCAACAGUCGUUUGCUAACCCAGUUUCCCCCGCAAGAGAAGAAACCUCGCAUCGAACCAGUGAACAAACCCCCGGAAUCAGCGGCGGUAGUUGUGGAUCUCUCGGACGACGCGGACGAUUACAUCUUCGAGGAAAUCGAUCUGGAUCGGAUCAAAAAGGAGCGACAGGAUUCGAUCAGAAAGGAAAUCAUGGCAUCGUUUGCCGACGACGAUAUGGAGGAAAUCGUGCUAAUCGACGACGAGUACGACGAUGAAGCGGUCGAUUUGGUAUCGUUGGAUGACUCGCUGACGGACACAUCGGUGAUUGAUGAACUGUUCGGUGAUCAGGAUGCCCUGAUUGAGGAGUUCAAUUCGAACAACUCCAAGGUGAAGCCGGACAGCGAAGAGGACGAAAUCGUUUCCUGCCCGAUGUGUCUGAAGAAGAUCAAACGAUCGCAAGUUUCGACCCAUUUGGAGCGGUGCUACUCGGUGAUGCUUGGGGAAGACGAUGUUCAGGAGGCGAAGAAGGAGACAUUCGAUCCGAAUCAACCGUCCACCUCGAAGGCCGGAGCGAGUUCGAAAAAGAACAAGAAACUCCCCAGUAAGAAGGAAACCGAGCGGGAGGAAAAUCGCCAGCUUCUCAAGGAAUGCGGCUACAGUGAAGAGGACAUAGCGAAAGCGUUAGCCACGAUGGAACAGGAGGACGAGGCGGGAAGAGUGAGGAAUGCAAGCGAAUCCGGUGGCUCCAGUCACCUUUUGGACGAGGGGGACGAAAUCGAUCUGACUGCCAUCGGAGAGCAGUGCGAGUGCCCGGUUUGCGGGAGGAAGAUCCAAUUCGAGCAGAUUAAUCGGCAUUUGGAUGGGUGUUUGGGGACGUGACGGGGUU